CUCAAGGGCUCCGUUUCCUCUAUUUUUGCCUCAAUCACUUUCGCAUGGACGACGACCAUUCGAUCCCCAAGAGAUUCAAACUCGGCAACGAGGUUGUCUUUUGUGAUGUGAUGGAUAUAAAAGAAGAUCCAACUGAAGUUUUGAUUGAUGCUGAAAAAGCUGACAUGGAUAUCAAGGGAAAAGCCAAAAUAAGUUACAAUGAAGAUUGGGAAGAUUAUGUUAAGAAUGCUUCAGCCCAUGAUCUGGGGAAUUCAGUUAUUUCUGCAGGAUUUAUGGAUAUAGUUGAGCCUCCUAAGAGUUCCACAUCAGGAUCAAUUAACUCCAAUAAUAUUAAUAGUUCAAACUCUGAUUUGUCUUAUCACGAUGACGAAGAAGGCUUUAAGGAUGAGGAUUGUGAUGACUGUGCUGAUGAUGUUUCUGAUUAUGGUGAUAAUGAUUGUUUUCUGUAUGAAGAUGAUUAUGAGGCUAUGCAAUCUCAUUUUGAUAAUGUUGAUCUUCCUUCUGGGGUAGAAGCACCAAUUCCUUGGUUGAAAGAUCCAGCUCCAACAGGAGUCCUUACAUCCAUUCCUGGCACUUUGGUGAUUCCUGACACUGCUGAAUGCAAGAAGGCCACUGUAUUUGAUCUGGCUGUUAGCAAACCAGAAUCAGUUUCUACCAGCGGUUCAUUUGUGCCUACAGAGUCAAAGUCUGACAAGAAAGAUGAUGGAGUUAUGCUUAAAUUUGAAAAUUUUAAACAAUUUGAUAUUGUUGAUAAUUUCUUAGACCAUCACUACAACAGUUUAGUCACAUCAGGGGAGAAGCAAACCAAUGAGUGGGCAAAGAGAAUUACUGAGGAGUGGAAAAUUCUGGAGAAGGAUUUACCAGACACAAUAUUUGUGAGGGUUUGUGAAUUGAGGAUGGACCUCUUGAGAGCUGUCAUUAUAGGUCCUUCUGGCACUCCCUAUCAUGAUGGCCUUUUUGUCUUUGAUUGUCUGUUCCCCCCAAAAUAUCCUAAUGAGCCCCCAAUGGUCUAUUACUAUUCUGGUGGGCUUCGAUUGAAUCCAAAUCUGUACAACUGUGGUAAAGUAUGCCUGAGUCUUUUGGGCACCUGGCCUGGUAAACAGACUGAGAUGUGGGUCCCAGGGCAAUCAACCAUGUUGCAAGUUUUGGUUUCUAUACAAGCUUUAAUUCUGAAUACAAAACCCUUCUUUAAUGAACCGGGGUAUGAAUCUUCAUAUCGUGGGGCUGAGGGUGAGAAGAAAUCCAACCAGUACAAUGAGGAGGUGUUUAUUCUAUCAUUGAAGACUAUGAUUUAUACACUUAGAAGACCCCCUGAGCAUUUUCAAGACUUUGUUGUUGGUCAUUUCUGCAGUCGGGCACAUGAUAUUCUUGUUGCUUGCUCAGCAUAUGCUGAGGGUGCUCUGGUAGGGUCUGUCGUGAUUAAAAAUGGAGUUGCAGAUGUUAAUAAAACUGAAAAGAGUAGCUCAGUUGGAUUUAGAUCAUCAUUGCGUAAGGUAAUGAAUCUUCUGGCUAGAGACUUUGUGAAGAAUGGUUCAAUAGACUGUGUGAAGUUCCAGGCUUCAAGAAACUGACAGCCAUGUCAACUGUCAACUGAGAUGUGGUAAAGCAGUUUGUCUUUGCGGUGUUUUGGUUAAUGCAAUUAUGUUGAGCUUGAUUGCAUCAUUAUUUCUAGUCCUAAUGGUAUAUUCUAGCCUUUGGAUUCUAGGUAGCUGUGGAUAAAGUAGUAACUCAGAAUUAUGAAAGAUAUGAGAUAUGCUAUACUAAGCUGGUUCAUUUAUCAGUUUUUAGUUUCUUGUUAUUUAUCUUUUAUCUCACUCACACCUGGACUUUGCAGCUCUAUGAUAAGGCUAUUUGCUAAAUCUAGUUUUUCUUAAAUCUUAAGGUAGGGUUUAGAUCUAGCUGUAGAUAGUAAGGAUGGUCCAAUUGUUGAUUUGAUAUCAUUGUUUUUUUAUUUUUAUUUUUUUGUACAUAUAUAUUUGGAAUAACUUUGCCUUUUUAAUCUCCUACACAUGAAGACAUGUAUUGACAAGUUCCAACUUGAUUGGGUUCUGAAACCAGAAAGCAAAAUGGUGAGCUCCUGGCCUUUUAUGGUAUGCAUUUUCUUAAUGCAUUCUGGUUCCGCAUUCAGGGUGUAUGUGAUCACCCAGCGGUUUUCAUGUACGUGACCUUGACAUAUCUUGCAUGAUGACAAUGUUCCUUUCUGAGACGCUUUCCAAUUCAGCUAUGCUCAUCUCGUUCUUCUAUUUUCGCCCCCUUUAUAACUG